GGCGGCGGCGGCGCCGAGUCCGGUCCGCGCUGGCGGCGGGUCCUGGUUUUGCGGGCGGCCGCUGUAUUUCCCGGGCCGUCCAUGGCUCGGUGCUGUUGGCUCUCUCUCCGUCUGAUCGGCGCAGGCUGCGCGGGGCUCCCUACGGGAUCAGAGCGCUCCCCCGCCGGGACUCCACUCCUCACAUCCUCCUGCUGGGACUCAGCUACAUUUCCAGCCAAGCCUGGCUUUAUUAUGUGUGUCUGCACUGCAGCCCCAGCAGCAAGAUCGGGAGGAGGAAAAGGAGCCAGGACAAAGAAAAGAGAGGGAGGCUGGCGAGAGCUAAAGAAAAUAAAAACCCAGGGCAGCAGCGGCAGCGGCGAUGAAGGCAGGAGCGGUGCCGCCUCGCAGCGGAUGACCCAUGGAGGCAGCUAGCGGGCCCGGCCUCGAUGCGAAGCGGCGCCCGGCCCGGGCCGCCAAGUGCGUGCGCGCAGGGGAAGGCGGCGGCGAGCGCGGCCGGCGGCCGGGAGCCCCCCCAGCCCCUCGGCGGGCACCGCGCCGGGCAGCGCGGCCCCAGUAGAGGACGCGGCGAGGGAGAGCGAGAGGGAGAGCGAGAGGGAGAGGAGAGCAGCCCGCGGGCACGGCCGGCAGCCGAGGGGGGGAGCCGAGCGCGGCCGCGGGGAGGAUUUAGGAAAAUCGCCGCCGGGGCGCACCCCCGGAGCGCCUCGCAUUGUCGGGGCCGUCGCCGGGCUUAUUUUUAGCCGCCGAUUCUCCCCGCGCCCUCCCUCUCCUCCCCCCCCCCCCUCCCCUCCGCAGCCCCGCACGGCUUUUUUGUAUUAUUCUGAAAGUGCGAGCCGGACUGAGAGCCGCAGGGCGCCUGCAAACUUUAAAGAGAACAAAAAGGCGGGUGGGGGCGCGGAGGGGCUCGGCAUUAUUUGCACAUCGAAGGGGAGGAAAGGAAAAAAAGGAAAAAAAAAAAAAAAAAGAAAUUGCAACUGUUGCGCCUGUGAUUUUUUUUUUUCUAUUUUUUUUUUUUUCCCCCGGGGGGAGAACCUCUAGGUGCCCGAGGGGGUGGAAAGAGCAGCUGAACUUGCCGCAUUGCAACAGGCAAAGGGAGCGGGGGAUCCCACUGAGCGGUCCCGCUGCCGCCGCUGCUCCCGGCGGAGCCGAGCGAAAGUUUGGAGGGGCGCGAGGCAGGGCCAGGGCAGGGCAGGCAGGGGCCGGAGCAGGACGCGGCGGCCGGGAGGACGAGCCAGCGGCGCCCGGACAUGUCCAGGAGGAAGCAAGCCAAGCCCCGCUCGGUGAAAGUGGAAGAGGGCGAAUCUUCGGAUUUUGCUUUGAACUGGGACUCAUCAGUGACUCAAUCAGGUGGCCUGGGAGGAGAGCUGGAGAGCGAGGCGAAGGACAGCCGGGCCCUGGAAGAGAGGAACAGCGUGACGAGCCAGGAAGAGAGAAAUGAGGAAGAUGAAGACAUGGAGGAUGAGUCAAUUUACACCUGCGAUAACUGUCAGCAGGACUUCGAUUCGCUGGCAGACCUGACUGAACACAGGGCACACCACUGUCCUGGAGGUUGUCUGUUUCAAACAGCAGCAGAGCUAUAUAUGGAUAUUGCCAGCUGGGAAGCGGCUGAUUUUUCUAAACUACUGUACGAUGGUGAUGACGACCCACAACUCUCCUGGGUGGCUUCAUCUCCCUCCAGCAAAGAUGUUGCAUCACCCACUCAGAUGAUAGGAGAUGGGUGUGAUCUCGGCAUCGGGGAGGAGGAAGGGGGGACUGGCCUGCCGUAUCCCUGUCAGUUUUGUGAUAAGUCCUUCAUUCGCCUGAGCUACCUUAAAAGGCACGAGCAGAUCCACAGUGACAAACUACCUUUCAAAUGCACCUACUGUAGCCGGCUUUUUAAGCACAAGAGAAGUAGGGAUCGCCACAUAAAGCUUCACACAGGGGAUAAAAAGUACCAUUGCCACGAAUGCGAGGCCGCAUUCUCUCGCAGCGACCACCUCAAAAUUCAUCUGAAAACCCACAGCUCCAGCAAACCGUUCAAGUGUACUGUGUGUAAACGUGGGUUUUCAUCUACCAGCUCAUUGCAGAGUCACAUGCAAGCUCAUAAAAAGAACAAGGAACAUAUGGCAAAGACUGAGAAAGAGGUGAAGAAGGAUGAUUUUAUGUGUGAUUACUGUGAAGAGACAUUCAGUCAGACUGAAGAUUUGGAGAAGCACGUAAUGACACGCCACCCACAGCUUUCCGAGAAGGCAGAUUUGCAGUGUAUUCAUUGCCCUGAAGUAUUUUCAGACGAAAACUUGCUGCUCUCACACAUUCAUCAAGCCCAUGCCAACAAAAAACACAAGUGCCCUAUGUGCCCAGAGCAGUUUUCUUCAGUGGAGGAAGUCUACUGCCACUUGGACAGCCACAGGCAACCCGACUCCAGCAACCACAGCAUCAGCCCUGACCCCGUCCUGGGCAGCGUGGCGUCCAUGAGCAGCGCAACGCCCGACUCCAGCGCCUCGGUGGAAAGAGGUUCCACCCCCGAUUCGACCCUCAAGCCUUUGAGAGGACAGAAGAAAAUCAGGUCUGUGGACAGAGAGGAAGGCCAGAAUUGGUCUAAAGUUACUUACAGCUGCCCAUACUGCUCGAAGCGUGACUUCAACAGCCUUGCUGUUCUGGAGAUCCACCUGAAGACCAUUCAUGCAGACAAACCUCAGCAAAGCCACACGUGCCAGAUCUGCCUUGAUUCCAUGCCUACGCUGUACAACUUGAAUGAACACGUGAGAAAGGUGCACAAAAACCAUGCCUAUCCUAUGAUGCAGUUCAGCAACAUUUCUGCCUUUCACUGUAACUACUGCCCUGAGAUGUUUGCAGACAUCAACAGCUUGCAGGAACACAUCCGUAUCACACACUGUGGCCCAAAUGCUACCCCUCAAGAUGGCAACAACGCCUUCUUCUGUAACCAGUGCUCCAUGGGCUUUCUGACCGAAGCAACCCUGACUGAGCAUAUUCAGCAGACUCACUGCAAUGUAGGAAAUUCAAAAUUGGAUUCCCCUGUCAUUCAGCCAACACAGUCUUUUAUGGAAGUUUAUUCAUGCCCUUAUUGCACAAACUCCCCCAUUUUUGGCUCCAUCCUGAAGCUUACAAAGCAUAUUAAAGAAAACCACAAGAACAUUCCUCUGGCACACAAUAAGAAGUCAAAAGCAGAGCAGAGUCCAGUUUCUUCUGAUGUUGAAGUCUCUUCCCCUAAAAGGCAACGGCUUUCUGCUAGUGUAAACUCAGUGUCUAACGGUGAAUACCCAUGUAAUCAGUGUGAUCUAAAGUUCUCAAAUUUUGAGAGUUUUCAAACCCAUUUAAAGUUGCAUUUGGAGUUGCUGUUGAGGAAACAGUCUUGCCCUCAGUGUAAAGAAGACUUUGAUUCCCAGGAGUCUCUUCUGCAACAUCUCACCGUGCAUUACAUGACAACUUCAACCCAUUAUGUGUGUGAGAGCUGCGACAAACAGUUUUCUUCGGUGGAUGAUUUGCAGAAGCAUUUGUUGGACAUGCAUACUUUUGUGUUGUAUCACUGCACCCUUUGCCAAGAAGUUUUUGAUUCCAAGGUAUCUAUCCAAGUGCAUCUGGCAGUCAAGCACAGCAAUGAAAAGAAGAUGUAUCGUUGCACAGCCUGUAACUGGGAUUUUAGGAAGGAGGUGGAUCUCCAAAUCCACGUGAAGCACAGUCACCUGGGGAAUCCAUCAAAGUCUCACAAAUGCAUCUUCUGCGGUGAGACUUUUAGCACGGAGGUAGAGCUGCAGUGCCACAUCACAACUCACAGCAAGAAAUACAACUGCAAGUUUUGCAGCAAAGCGUUUCAUGCCAUCAUCUUGCUCGAAAAACACCUGCGGGAGAAACACUGUGUUUUUGACGCCAGCGCUGAGAAUGGGACAGCUAAUGGCAUGACCCCAACAAAUAAGAAGACGGAAGGGGCAGAUAUCCAGAACAUGCUGAUGAAGAACCCAGAUACUUCCAACAGCCACGAAGCCAGCGAGGACGAUGUAGAUGCUUCUGAGCCCAUGUACGGCUGUGACAUCUGCGGGGCUGCCUAUACCAUGGAGGUCCUCUUGCAGAACCAUCGCCUGAGAGAUCAUAACAUCCGUCCCGGGGAGGAUGACUGUUCUAGGAAGAAAGCGGAAUUCAUCAAAGGCAGCCACAAGUGUAAUAUCUGCUCAAGGACCUUUUUCUCAGAAAACGGCCUGCGAGAGCACAUGCAGACCCACCGGGGCCCAGCGAAGCACUACAUGUGCCCCAUCUGUGGCGAACGCUUCCCAUCGCUCCUGACCCUGACCGAGCACAAGGUCACCCACAGCAAGAGUCUGGAUACGGGAACGUGUCGGAUCUGCAAAAUGCCGCUGCAGAGCGAGGAGGAGUUUAUUGAACACUGCCAGAUGCAUCCCGACCUCAGAAACUCCCUCACCGGGUUUCGCUGCGUUGUCUGCAUGCAGACGGUCACCUCUACGCUUGAGCUGAAAAUUCACGGGACGUUUCACAUGCAGAAAUUGGCAGGAAACUCUGCAACCUCGUCGCCCAACGGCCAGGCCUUGCAAAAACUCUACAAGUGCGCGUUGUGCUUGAAAGAGUUCCGAAAUAAGCAGGACUUGGUAAAAUUGGAUGUGAACGGCCUUCCCUAUGGCCUGUGUGCUGGGUGCAUGACCAGGAGCACCAAUGGACAGUCUCUGGGCUUGACCCCGCAGGAGGUGAAUGAGAGACCGUGUGGCAGUCUGAGGUGUCCGGAGUGUAGUGUCAAAUUUGAAAGUGCUGAAGACCUGGAGAGCCACAUUCAGGUGGACCACCGAGACCUGACGCCUGAGACUAGUGGCCAAAGGAAAGGUACCCAGACAUCUCCUGUGCCCAGAAAAAAGACCUAUCAAUGCAUCAAGUGCCAGAUGACCUUUGAGAAUGAGAGAGAGAUACAAAUCCAUGUCGCUAACCAUAUGAUUGAGGAAGGCAUCAAUCAUGAGUGCAAGCUGUGUAACCAGAUGUUUGACUCUCCGGCAAAGCUCCUGUGUCACCUGAUUGAGCACAGCUUUGAGGGGAUGGGAGGCACAUUCAAAUGCCCUGUUUGUUUCACAGUUUUUGUACAGGCAAAUAAACUGCAGCAGCACAUCUUUGCAGUCCAUGGACAGGAAGAUAAAAUUUAUGACUGUUCCCAGUGCCCACAGAAGUUCUUCUUUCAAACAGAGCUUCAGAACCACACAUUGAGCCAGCACGCACAGUGAGCCACUGGCACUACAGGACACCUCUCUGCAGAAGACUUGACGGUGGCACAGUGGGGAGGACCAUUUGAACAUUACAUCCAAUCAAAGUGUCAUUUGCAACCCAGAUGUAAAACUCUAAUGAUUUGGCCAUGAGGCGCUGCUAUUAUAAGCAGCUGGAAAUGAAUAUUAAUGGAGAGAUUAAAAGUAUUCCAUGCUCAGUAUUUUUUAUUGUCCUGCUUCAGCUAGUGUACUUUAGAGCUUCUGCUUCUGACUGAAUUUAUAGUGUUAGAUAAAUCUGCUUUGAUGCUGUUGCCCUUUGUUGCUUCUUGUAUUAUAUUGAUAGUUAAAAAUUAGAUGUGAUUUUUUUUAAACUGCUUUUUAAUUGCAAUUUUAGGUAACUGUGCAUUGUGAUGUGAUUGCUUGGCUAUUGUCUGAAUAUUUCUUUUUAAUUUUUUAAUUAAAGACUAAUGCUUUGAUUGGAUUUGCCAGUUCACCGGACAGUGAUUAAAACUAUGUAAUGAAUAUAAUCGGUUUCAGUGCAACUGGAUGGUCUGCUUUAUAAAUGUGACUUAAUCUGAUUGCAAUAACUAGUACAGUCAAUAAAGGGAAUACAUGAG